GCCAAGAAGAGCCACGGCAGGAGAGCCCACCUAGCACCAACGGGAAAAAGCGAAAAUCGAUGAUUUUGCUCGCGUCGAUUCACGGCUACGGACGGACGGGCUGCAACACGGCGACGUCGACGGUUUCUGUGAAAUUUUCGGGUUUUCCGUGCGUUUUUUCAACGGUAAUCGUGCGGGAAAGUUCAUUAUCGUCGAAUGGCGGCGGCUGGUGAUUGUGAUUGAAUAGUAAAUUCGGUUUGAAAAAUUGGUCUCGCUGCACUUUGCAGGGUUACCCCCUGUGCGAAGGGGGUAGGAGGUGGUGCUCAAGAAGUUGCUGCGAUUUGAUCGGGCUGCAAAGAAGAGGAGCCCCACGGAGACAGUGAUGCCAUCUUAGUUCGGGAAAGGCAUGCAAUCUCGAAAUAAGAGAAAAAGUAGAUUAUCGUUCGUCGGGCACGUGCCCCAAGUGGUUGAAUUCUAUGCGCGUAUUUUGGUGAGGCAGGAAAAACAGAGAGGGUCGUUCAAGAUAAAUCUGGCAACCGCUGGCCCACGAACCGUUCCGUCGGUCGAUCCGAGUCGCGCGCGUGUGUGUGUGUGCGUGUGAAAAAAUGUGAAUCAGCAGCACCUUUGGAAAACGAAGAGCUUUUCCUGGCCAGAGUGUUUUCCCGUCCGGAUGGGUGAUUGAAGGAAAAUUCGUGACCAUUUUCGCAACCCGCUAUGGGACCAGAGGUGGAAAGUGCUGUGUGAAAGUGCCAGCGUUCCACGCUGGGGAGUUUUUGAAGCUUCAACUACUUCGGAAAAAAGGCAUUUCCACGGAAGGAAAAGAAAAGUGUGCUCGGAAAGUGUCGGAUGUCGUUGUUCUUGUUCCGGAGGAAAAACAAAAAGUCAUCCUCCGGGAGGUGAGAAGUGUAAAAAUUUGAUUGCCCACGAGAAGUGCUGAAAAAUAGGUCUGUUUACAUAUGAGUGAGUUCCGCUGCAAGUCAGACGAAGAAUUGUGAAAACGGUGCAAAGCAGAGUUGGAAGAAGCAGAAGAAAUACACACUUUUUUCGGCAAUCGCUAGGAAGUGCUGCAACCAGCGAGACUGGCGAGCAGGAUGGCGGCGGACCUUACGAGGCCGCCCUUUAGCGACAUCAAACGGCCGGAGGAAGUGGUGAAAAUGUCGAUGACGGACAAUCUCAAGUUCGCCGUCCUGAUCGGGCUGAUCGAGGUCGGGCAGGUCUCGAACCGAGAGGUGGUCAACACCGUACUGCACCUGGUCCGACCGAUCAACGAAUUCAAUAACAAAAGAUGGUUCCUAAACGUAUCCCAAUUCAAAUAUAUACAGCAGCUAAACCUCGUCGGCGGCGAGUUCGACAUGGAGCUGAACUUCGUCGUCCAGGACGCCCAGAACGUGAAACACAUGCUGGAACUGCUGGACCACUGUCCGGCCAAUCUGCAGGCCGAAGUGUGGAGCGUGUUCAUCGCCAUCCUCAAGAAGAGCGUCCGCAACCUGCAGGCGUGCACCGAGAUCGGACUGAUCGAACACGUGCUGGCGCGGUUACCACGGGCCGAGCCCAUCGUCGCCGACCUGCUCAUCGAGAUGCUCGGCGUCCUGGCGAGCUACAGCAUCACAGUGAAAGAGCUGAAGUUGCUGUUCGGUGCGAUGAAGGCCAUCAACGCCAAAUGGCCCCGGCAUUCGGCCAAACUGUUGAACGUGCUCAAGCAGAUGCCCCACCGGAACGGGCCCGAUGUGUUCUUCAGCUUCCCGGGGCGGAAGGGAUCGGCCGUCGUUCUCCCGCCGCUAGCGAAAUGGCCUUACGAGAAUGGGUUCACCUUCACGACAUGGUUCCGACUUGAUCCGAUCAACUCGGUCAACAUAGAGCGCGAGAAACCCUAUCUUUAUUGCUUCAAAACGUCCAAAGGCGUUGGCUAUACGGCGCACUUUGUCGGCAACUGCCUGGUGCUGACGUCGAUGAAGGUCAAGGGCAAGGGUUUCCAGCACUGCGUCAAGUACGAGUUUCAACCGCGCAAGUGGUACAUGAUCGCCAUCGUGUACAUCUACAACCGCUGGACCAAGAGUGAGAUCAAGUGCCUGGUCAACGGUCAGCUCGCGUCCAGCACCGAGAUGGCCUGGUUCGUGUCGACCAACGAUCCCUUCGACAAGUGCUACAUCGGUGCUACACCGGAACUGGACGAAGAGCGGGUAUUCUGCGGCCAGAUGGCUGCAAUCUACCUCUUCAGUGAGGCUCUGACAACACAGCAAAUCUGCGCCAUGCACCGGUUAGGACCCGGCUAUAAGUCCCAGUUCCGGUUCGACAACGAGUGCUACCUAAACCUGCCGGACAACCACAAGCGGGUGAGUUUCGAGCCGGCCGCCAGCGGGGGUAGCGGCAGCGGACUCGGCGGCACUGCGGCCGUUCCACCCUCCGCCGCCCUAUCGUCCCUCUCGCCGACACCGCCGGCUCCGAUCGAAUCCAACAUCCAUCGGAACUUGGUGGCCAACGCUGCCGCCAAAUCGGCACUGGGCCCGGCCACAACCACUGGCACCGCUGCUGGUGGCGGUGCGGGCGGUGGGUCCACUGCAGCAGCAGCUGCUGUUGUUGCUGCUGCUGGUACUGCCGCCGGAUCCGGUGGCUCGGUUGCCGUGCUGGGCGGCGGCAGUGGCAUUAUGCUAGACGCUUCCGGCGAACCGUUUGAUUUUGGCUCUGUGCUGUACGACGGCAAACUUUCGAGUGCAAUCGUGUUCAUGUACAACCCGGUGGCCACCGAUGGCCAGCUGUGUCUGCAAUCAGCCCCCAAGGGCAACCUGUCCUUCUUUGUACAUACGCCCCAUUCGCUCAUGCUACAGGACGUCAAAGCCGUAGUGACCCACUCGAUACACUGUACGCUCAACUCGAUCGGUGGAAUUCAGGUGCUAUUUCCGCUGUUUUCCCAACUGGAUAUGCCCUACGAGGGCACCGACGUCAAGAAGGAUCCAACCCUGUGUGCAAAACUGCUCGGAUUCAUCUGCGAGCUGGUCGAAAGUUCGCAAACCGUUCAACAGCACAUGAUUCAGAACCGCGGCUUUCUGGUGAUAUCGUUCAUGCUGCAACGCUCGUCCCGGGAUCAUCUGACGUCCGAAGUGCUCGGCUCGUUCCUCAGUUUAACCAAAUAUCUGGUCACGUGCCUGUCGGCCAAUUCGGAUCUGCUGCUGAAACAGCUCUUUUGUUUCUCUUUCCUCACCUGGCAGCUGCUAGAUCACGUGCUGUUCAACCCGUCGCUCUGGAUCUACACCCCGGCCACGGUCCAGGCACGUCUGUACGCCUACCUGGCGACGGAGUUCCUCUCGGACACCCAAAUCUACAGCAACGUUCGACGGGUUAGCACGGUCCUGCAAACGGUCCACACGCUCAAGUUCUACUACUGGGUCGUCAAUCCCCGAGCCAAAUCCGGCAUAACUCCGAAGGGCCUGGAUGGUCCCCGGCCGGCCCAGAAAGACAUCCUGGCCAUUAGGGCCUACAUUCUGCUGUUCCUGAAGCAGCUCAUCAUGAUCGGCAACGGCGUCAAGGAUGACGAACUGCAAAGCAUUCUGAACUACCUGAUGACGAUGCACGAGGACGAGAACCUGCACGACGUCCUCCAGAUGCUGAUAUCGCUCAUGUCCGAGCACCCCAGCUCGAUGGUUCCGGCCUUCGACGUCAAACACGGCGUCCGAACCAUCUUCAAGCUGCUGGCCGCCGAGAGUCAGCUGAUCCGGUUGCAAGCGCUGAAACUGCUCGGGUUCUUCCUGUCCCGAAGCACGCACAAACGCAAGUACGACGUGAUGUCUCCUCACAAUUUGUACACCCUGCUGGCGGAGCGGCUCCUCCUGUACGAGGAAUCCCUCUCGCUGCCGACCUACAAUGUCCUGUACGAGAUCAUGACCGAGCACAUCUCGCAGCAGAUCCUGUACGCCAAGCACCCCGAACCGGAAAGUCACUACCGGCUGGAGAAUCCCAUGAUCCUAAAGGUGGUCGCCACCCUAAUCCGCCAGUCCAAGCAGAGCGAACAGCUGCUCGAGGUCAAGAAGCUGUUCCUAUCCGACAUGACGCUGCUGUGCAACAACAACCGCGAAAACCGACGAACCGUGCUGCAGAUGAGCGUCUGGCAGGAGUGGCUCAUCGCGAUGGCUUACAUCCACCCGAAGAACUCCGAGGAGCAGAAGCUGUCCGACAUGGUGUACUCGCUGUUCCGGAUGCUGCUGCACCACGCCAUCAAGUACGAAUACGGCGGCUGGCGGGUGUGGGUCGAUACGCUGGCGAUCGUACACUCGAAGGUCUCGUACGAGGAGUUCAAGCUGCAGUUCGCCCAGAUGUACGAACACUACGAAAAGCACCGGACGGAUAACAUCACGGAUCCGGCACUGAGGCAGCAAAGGCCCAUUAGCACGAUCAGCGGGUGGGAACGUGGUGCCGGUGGUGAUCGAGGCGGCGGAGGAGACGAAGGUGGGGGACAGAUCAAGGGGGAUGCAGUGGCGCUUGAGGCGGCUAAGAAGUGUGUUUGCGAACCGGAGGAAGUAGAGGAUGGUAAGGCUAAGGUUAGGGAAGUGAUAGAAAAUGGUGAGGAGGAGGACGAGGAGGAGGAUGAAGAAGAAGAGGAAGAGGAAAUGGAGGAAGAGCAAGGCGACGAGGAGUUGGAGGACGAGGAAGAAGAUCUAUCGCAAAGCGAACUGAAGAAGGCGAUGGAAAUCGGAUCGCUCAACGACAGUCAAAAUGUGUCGAAACAGGUGGUGGAGCACAUUGUAGAGGAGAUCAUUAGCAAAUCGGAGAGUAUGUUGAAGGAAAGUGAAGAGCUGCAGGAAGCAAGUGCUGAACAAACGACGUCGUCGCCUGUGAUCAAGGAUGAAGAAAUAGAACUGGCGGUGAACGAAGUGGUACAGGGAGUGCUGUCACUGAAGACAUCCAGCGCAACGACGACGGGCAAUGCCGGUGAUGACGCAUUGAACAACAACGGUAGUAGCGACACGGACGAUGUCACGCAGAAGACUGAUAGCGUACCAGCAAGUGCAAUAACUAGUGGUAAUAGCAACAAUUUAAACAAUAAUAAUCUAAGUAGCAAUAGCUGUGAAGAAACCGAAGGAGAACCGAGCGAAGAACAGGUCAAACUCAUGAUCUCCAGCAUAGUGAAUGAAAUGGUAGAUAAUAGUCUCAGAGUGACGGAGGGCGUGCCGGACGCCAACGAUAACUGCCUUUCCGUGGAUUCUGUUGUGAUGGAACAGAGCGAUAUCGAAGCGCAGGUCAAGGAGGUCGUUGACGCCAUCAUCUCCGACGCGGUUUUAAAAGCCGAACAGAUUUCCACACCAGAACCGAACCAGGAAGACCUGGAACAGAUGAGUACCGAUUCCAGUCCGGAGAAGAUUGGCACCGUUUCGGCGGAUAUCGCCAGGAGCACAGCCAACGCUGAAAUCAAAGAAGAACUGGACGAAGACGAUCCGGAAGACGACGAAGAGGAAGAUGAGGACAGCGAGGUACCGGAUACUCCGGUCACCGUCGCAACCGUGAUAAUGAACGACGCAGUGACCCAAAGCCAACCGGCAGCCAUUCCGACAAUUUCUACCAAGAAGACAGCGUCAACGAGUACGGCCACCGACUCACCCGUACCGGCGCACUACGACGCCCCUUCUGCUGCGGGGAACUCCACCGGUUCCAGCAAGCAGCAACGUUCGAAAUCCGCCUCAACCCGUCCAAUGUUUUCGCCGGGACCGACGCGACCUCCUUUCCGCAUUCCCGAGUUCAAGUGGUCCUACAUCCACCAGCGGUUACUGUCCGAUGUGCUGUUCUCGCUUGAGACCGACAUCCAGGUGUGGCGGUCGCAUUCCACCAAGAGCGUGCUCGAUUUCGUCAACUCGGCCGAAAAUGCAAUCUUUGUGGUGAACACCGUUCAUCUGAUCUCGCAACUUGCUGACAAUCUGAUCAUUGCCUGCGGCGGACUGCUGCCGCUUCUCGCCAGUGCCACCUCGCCCAAUUCCGAAUUGGACGUCCUGGAGCCAACGCAGGGCAUGCCGCUGGACGUGGCCGUCUCGUUCCUGCAGCGCCUAGUCAACAUGGCCGACGUGCUGAUCUUCGCCAGCAGUCUGAACUUCGGCGAGCUGGAAGCCGAGAAGAACAUGUCCAGCGGGGGAAUCCUGCGGCAGUGUUUGCGGCUGGUGUGUACCUGCGCCGUCCGGAACUGUCUCGAGUGCAAGGAGCGAACCCGCGGGCUCUACAACGGAAUGUCGCUCAAAGACAUUCCGGGCGGGGCGCAUCUGCAGGCGCUGAUCCGAGGCGCGCAGACCACCUCCAAGACAAUCAUUGAAUCGCUGUCCGGACCGAUGAGUCCGGUCAAGGACCCGGAAAAGCUGCUGCAGGACAUGGACAUCAACCGGCUGAGGGCGGUCAUCUACCGGGACGUGAAACGUCUGUUCCAGGAGGAGACCAAACAGGCCCAGUUCCUCUCGCUGGCCAUCGUCUACUUCAUCUCGGUGCUGAUGGUGUCCAAGUACCGGGACAUCCUGGAGCCGCCACCGGAGCUGCAGAUCCACCGCAACUCAUCGCCGGUGAUGCAACGCCAAACGCCUACCCAAGACUCGAGCAAUCGUCCACUGUUCCCGCAAUGGUCGCACCACGUCUAUCCACAGUUCCUACCGGGAUCGCAUCCCAGCCACCAAACGGCCGCGAUGACCGCCGUGGCCCCGUCGUCUUCGUCGUCGUCGCUGGUGGCCACUGCAGCGGCUGCUGCUGCUGCCGCCGCAGCCGCCGGCCAAGCACCGCAACUGAUGAGCUCCUCCUCUUCGGCAGUGCACGGUGGAGGGCCGGUCCCGAACACGGCCAACCUACAGAUGAUGCACCACGGCAGUAACAAUACAAUCACUUCGUCGUCCUCGCAGACGACGUCCUCUUCGUCUUCGUCGUCGAUCGGGCUGAUGAACGGCACCAACAAUAACAACAACAGUGGCGGUCUGUCAGGCCCCACGAUGAAUGGACCCAUUGGUUCGAUGGUGGCAUACAAUGGCAACAGCAACGGUUACCCCAGCGAUGUGGUCGGUUGCUACACCUCGGUAACAGGGCAUCAUCACCAUCAGCAGCAGGUGGCCCAACAUAACCUAACCAAUAACAACUCGCUGACAGCGCUCAGCUCCGGCCCGUACGGUCAGGCUCAUCUGCGCGGUCGAACCGGGGGCCUCAACAACGGUCUCGUCGCCCACAGUGCCCUCGGAGGCAAGCUGGGGAAAGGACUCAAUAACGGUGAUAACCAUAUCUAUCAUUGUAACGGUAUGACAGGAAACCGCUCGCUCCAAGAUGGCGACUACGAGGUGAUUGUGGUGGACGAGAACAAUUCUUCCGUGAUAGCGGACAACGAUUCGCACUCCAGUGGCCCGCUGUCGAUCAAGGCCACGACCUCCCGUCGUGCAUCAUCGGUUUAUGGGUCUCCGACAUCGCCAAAGGGCAGCCUCCAUGGUAACGACAAUGGUAACAACAUCAACAACAAUACUCCCACUAACACAAGGUAUCCGGCCACUACUACCACAGUCACAACCUCUAGCAUAAGUACGAUCGGCGCUCAACCUCUAUCGCCGACGAAAUCCCCUUCGAAGCAACAAGCCCAGCCCAAGAGCGUUGAUUCGGAUGCUGCGUCCCUCAAUCUCAACUCCACGGAGAAUGAUGCGCCGGAGGUGGAAACCUCCAGCGAGAUCAUGGCCGACGACAACAAGCCGACCAACUCCAACGACGAGAGCUGGACCGACGUCAACCUAAACGACGAAGGACCAACGGAGACGACGAUUGUGCCACCCGGUAGCAAGUCACUGAUGCGCGGUGCCGAUAUUUCCGGCCAGAACAACUCAGGUGGACAGCUGUCCGGCAUCGGGCCGGGAGACCACACGAGCAAACUCGAGUCGGACAUUUCGGUUGUUCGCGUUCCCGAUAACUACCAAUCAUCGGCGUCGGCGACUCGCGGUCGUCCAGAAGAUCUGAACCUGAAAGCCCCAUUUGUCGGACAGAUCCCGAUGGCCAUCCCCUCUAGGGAAGCCAGUUUGACCCAAAAGUUGGAGAUCGCGCUAGGACCGGUCUGUCCGUUACUACGCGAAAUCAUGGUAGACUUCGCCCCGUUCCUGUCCAAGACCCUAGUCGGAUCGCACGGCCAAGAACUGCUAAUGGAAGGCAAAGGACUGACCACCUUCAAAAAUAGUCACUCCGUUGUUGAGCUCGUUAUGUUACUGUGCUCGCAAGAGUGGCAAAACAGCUUGCAGAAGCAUGCCGGAUUGGCGUUCAUUGAGCUGAUCAACGAAGGCCGACUACUGUCGCACGCGAUGAAGGACCACAUCGUCCGAGUCGCCAACGAAGCGGAGUUCAUUCUCAAUCGAAUGCGUGCCGACGAUGUUCUAAAACACGCGGACUUUGAAUCCCAGUGCGCUCAAACCCUCCUGGAGCGACGCGAAGAAGAACGAAUGUGUGAUCACUUGAUCACGGCUGCCCGGAGGCGCGACAACGUGAUCGCCAGCCGGCUGCUUGAGAAAGUUAGGAACAUUAUGGGUAACCGGCACGGAGCGUGGGGUGACAGCAGUGGGGCUUACCAGAAGCAGAUCUUCUGGAAACUGGACGCCUGGGAAGAUGACGCACGGCGAAGGAAACGAAUGGUGCAGAAUCCGCGGGGGUCGAGUCAUCCACAGGCAACCCUCAAAGCGUCUCUGGAAAACGGCGCAAGCGAGGAAGGUAGAGAGUCUUCGCGAGAUGAAAUCUACUCGCAAAUAGCGGUACCCCGUUCGCAGCAGCCCGAUCUACUGGACGAUUCUGAACUGUUGAUCGAAGAUCGCGAACUGGACCUGGAUCUUACUGGUCCGGUUAACAUAAGCACCAAAGCGAAGCUGAUUGCGCCUGGUUUGGUGGCACCCGGAACGAUGUCAAUUACCUCGACAGAAAUGUAUUUCGAAGUCGACGAAGAAAACCCUGAGUUCCAGGGUAUCGACCAAGAGGUCCUUAAAUACUGUGAUCAUCUACACGGCAAGUGGUACUUCUCCGAAAUUCGAGCGAUCUUCUCCCGUCGAUAUUUGUUACAAAAUGUGGCUUUAGAAAUAUUCCUUGCCAGCAGGACCUCAAUCCUGUUUGCCUUCCCCGAUCAACACACGGUUAAAAAAGUAAUCAAAGCUCUACCACGCGUUGGCGUCGGUAUCAAGUACGGCAUUCCGCAAACGCGCCGCGCAUCAAUGAUGUCUCCAAGGCAGCUGAUGCGCAACUCCAAUAUGACCCAAAAGUGGCAACGGCGAGAAAUUUCCAACUUUGAGUAUCUGAUGUUCCUGAACACGAUCGCCGGUCGAACCUACAAUGACCUAAAUCAGUACCCGGUGUUCCCUUGGGUGCUCACCAACUACGAAUCUCGGGAACUGGAUCUCAGCCAACCAUCCAACUAUCGAGAUCUGUCGAAACCGAUCGGAGCACUUAAUCCUUCUAGGCGUGAGUACUUUGAGGAGCGAUACGAGGGUUGGGACACUCCUGGAAUCCCUCCGUUCCAUUACGGUACCCACUAUUCCACAUCAGCGUUCGUGCUGAACUGGUUGAUCCGGAUGGAACCCUUCACAACCAUGUUCCUAGCGCUACAGGGCGGUAAAUUCGAUCACCCCGAUCGACUAUUCUCCUCGAUCGCACUCUCGUGGAAAAACUGUCAGCGAGACACCUCUGACGUCAAAGAACUCAUUCCCGAAUGGUACUUCCUGCCGGAGAUGUUCUACAACUCAUCCGACUACCGACUUGGUCAACGUGAAGACGGCAAUCUGGUCAGCGAUGUUGAACUACCUCCAUGGUCCAAAACCCCAGAAGAGUUCGUUCGCAUCAACCGGAUGGCUCUGGAGUCUGAAUUCGUAUCCUGUCAAUUACACCAAUGGAUCGAUCUGAUCUUCGGCUACAAGCAACGAGGACCGGAAGCGAUGCGUGCCACCAACGUAUUCUACUAUCUGACAUACGAGGGCAGCGUCGAUCUGGACACGAUAACCGAUCCAGUUACCCGUGAAGCCAUAGAAAAUCAAAUCAGAAACUUUGGCCAAACUCCGAGCCUUCUGCUGAUGGAACCGCAUCCUCCGCGAAGUUCAGCCAUGCACCUGUCGCCGAUGAUGUUCAACACAAUGCCCGACGACGUCUGCAUGUCGCUCAAGUUCCACCUGAACUCGCCGAUCAUCCACAUAUCGGCCAACACGUACCCACAGCUGCCACUGCCUUCGGUUGUGACCGUCACGGCGGGUCAUCAGUUCGCCGUCAACCGCUGGAACUGCCAGUACACCGCCAGCAUCCAGAGCCCCAGCUAUGCCGAAUCGUCCCAGAACGUCAAUGCCAACCUGCCGCUGACGAUGGAUCCUUUACUUUCCCAAAUCAACGGCCACAACAACAGCCAACAGCAGAACCGUCGCCAUUUAGGGGACAACUUCAGUCAAAAGCUGCGCAUCAAGUCGAACUGCUACGUGACCACGGUGGACAGCCGGUUCCUGAUUGCGUGUGGCUUUUGGGACAACAGUUUCCGCGUGUUUUCAACCGAGACGGCAAAAAUCGUCCAAAUCAUCUUCGGUCACUUUGACGUGGUAACGUGUCUGUCCCGGUCCGAGUGCAAUAUCACAUCGGAUUGUUACAUUGCGUCCGGAUCGGCCGACUGUACCAUUCUGCUGUGGCACUGGAACGCCCGAACGCAGAGCAUCGUAGGCGAAGGAGAGAUUCCAACGCCUCGGGCAACACUUACCGGACAUGAAACGUCUGUGACAUCGGUUGUGAUUAGUGCAGAGUUGGGACUGGUGGUUUCCGGGUCAAUCAAUGGACCUGUCCUUGUUCACACGACCUUCGGAGAUCUGCUGCGUUCGCUAGAGGCUCCAACGGAUUUCAUCUCACCGGAGAACAUCACCCUUUCGCGGGAAGGUUUCAUCGUCGUUAACUACGAUGAAGGAAACGUAGCCGCGUACACGAUCAACGGCAAGUUGCUACGACACGAGUCCCACAACGACAAUCUGCAGUGCAUGCUGCUUUCACGAGACGGAGAGUAUCUAAUGACGGCCGGCAACAAAGGAAUCGUAGAGGUUUGGAGGACAUUCAACCUGGCUCCGCUGUAUGCCUUCCCGGCUUGCAACAGCGGAAUUCGAUCGCUGGCUCUAACGCACGAUCAAAAAUACCUCCUGGCGGGUCUGGCCACCGGUUCCAUCAUCGUGUUCCACAUCGACUUCAACCGUUGGCACCACGAGUACCAGCAGCGCUACUGAAAUUCGUCCCUCCGGUACGUCUCGAUCACGAGCCAAGGGGAAGCCGAACUGCAAUACCAACAGCCGUUCCCGAGGCACUCCGAGCGUCGCCAAACUGGCAACAGCGACGGCACCGAUCGAGACUCAUUGGUUGUCGUGUUCUAGGGCGAGCGAAGCGAUGCAAACGCACUGUUCACAUGUAAAAAGAAAAAAAAACAGAAAGAGGCCAAAAUAUGAAUAUUUUCUUUGUUUAAAUGGUUCGGAUGCAAAAGUUGAGAGGUAAGCAAUUGUUACUUAUUUAGUAGGUAAAUAUUAAGGAAGAAAGGGCUAACGCUAAUUACUGGAAAGUAUUCUAAGCAUAGGUUUAGACGAAGAGAAGCUUUUAAUAGUUCAUAUGGCGCUGCUACAAAUUAUGAAAACCGAAAAUCAGAAGUUCAUUGAAAAAAGAUCAUUCAAACAGUUUUAGAUUAUAAGCAGAAUCCUAUUACACCGACAGAGAUUGAGAUGUUCGGCUGAAUAUGAGCCGAUAGGUGGAAAACAAUGCCAAAUUUGAUGUAUUCACAACUGCAGAAACACACAAAGACACACUGUUUUAAUCGCAUUGAAAUCUGUGAGACGACGGGAAGAAGCGCGCCCAAGAUGGCACCCAUCGAAUGCCAAAUGUAUAUUUAAAUCAAACUGAUCAAGAGAACAAUUUUAAAUCAGCACAUGGCGCAAUGCGGAUCGAAUCGACCCAGAGAAAGAAGUAACGUUAGGGUGGAAACGUCGGCAGCAAGUUUUAAGCGUGUAAUAUGAUGUAGGUGUGAGUGAAAAUAAAACAUUCUUCUGAGGUUAUCCGUCCGCAAUUAUUUACAUCAAACCUUGAUACGAACAUUAUGCAUAGAACUUGCAGCACUGGAUCGUUUUAAAAUGCAUCUCCUGAAGCGCUAGAUUUUUGCAUUGACCCAAACAAAUACGGCGGCAUGCAGAUGCAAAGCUGCAGAUAUGGCUCAGUCAAAACUUUGUAUACACAUAAGGUUGAAAAACUAAGAUGACAUCAAGAAAACAUAAACUAUUCACGUGCCAAGCAUUUUUUGAAAAAUUCCUGCCCAGAUUUAACAUGUAGCAAAAGUAACAACAAACGUAACGAAUGUCAUUAAUACAAGCGAACUAUAGCUGCUACAGCAUUGUGGGCUUUUGGCUUAUUCUUGUUUCGAUUGGCAAAUCGUCACGCAGUACACAAUGGACGGAACAACUGGCAGCGCUGACAACAGCUGCACAAAAGCAACCCAAAGAUAGGCCCGCGGAAAUAGAAAAAGCGUAAAUUUCCGUCCAACUAGCUUGCUUUUUGUUAUAGAUGUAACACACGAACACGCGCCCACCACUGCACAGAUACGAAAAAUCAUUAUCGCAAACAAAAAAAACGCUCAUAGAAGUAAUUUUGAGUCAAUCAACACAAACACCACGCGAUCGUUUGUUUGCAUUUUAUCAUGGAAAAGGUCAACGAAUGCAAAAAAAAUCCAAAGUAGGCGGCCAAACCCAUUCGUACGCAUACGCGCUUCGAUUUCGACGAACGCCCUGGCGAGAGCAAACUUCAGUGACUUUCUCCAGCACUGGUUUGCACCGUCGCAGUCAAUUUUCGGCGAGACAGUUCUACUUCUGGGAAAACAAAUCCCGAGUACUUAAUGAGAAUAGUGAACCUGAAAGACUAGUCGCAACCCUUUACAACGUAUUAUCGACAAACAGAUUUCGUCCAAAAUUUCUCCUUGCUUGUUUUAAGCGAAAAAAAAACUCCUGUUAUUUGUGUCCGAAGAUAUUGCUCAUUCCAAUUCCUUCCUAUACGGAACAUUUGUUUUUCUCUUUCGAUAGGAAACACUUGACUUAGACUGAAUUUGAACCGAAGCUGAGUAAAAACUAAAAGUGGAAUUCUGUCGUGGAACCAUUCCAUUGUUGAUAGUGAGAUAAAAAUGAUUCUAAUUAUUUUGGAAACCAGUACUUAAAAAAACGUGUUUUUUUAUUUCUUCACUUUAGUCGCACGAUUUUAGUCCCUAAGUUGGUGUUGGUGUAGACUAUAUCAAAAGAUAUUUUAGUUACUAGAUGAAGAUUGUCGCUACUGUUCCCUUUGUUCUGCUGUCCGAAACAUGUGUGGUACAUACCUGUCAAAUCGUAUGGAUUUUCCUUCUUUGACAUUUAGCUCCCCUAUCCUCGCCAGCAAAAGAUGUUCCGGACAGCGACGACAGCGACAAUCUUUAUCUAGUAACUAAAAUAUCUUUUACUAUAUCCUUAGUAGAUUAGAAUGCAGAAACUGAAGAAAAACGGCAAGCGUUUUCGAAGUGGCAAUUUAGCUAGACUAUUGAAAGAAAAUUUGAGCUGAUGCUCACGUAGCGUUUUUUUUUUGUAGCCACGUGCACGCUUUUGAUGCUGGGUACUUCCUAGAAAAAGUGUACACAGGCAUUAGGCAUUACUCUCGGUUUUUUCAUAUAUUUGAGAAAAAUGCGUUAAUAAUCAGCUGCUUAAUCGCACCGCACUGCAAGUGAUCGCAAAGCCAGUUCUAGAAUCAAAGCAUUACACUUUGCACCGCGCUGCAAGCACAGGCAAGUAGUAGUUAAUGAUAUGCUUUUGAGAGAACAAACUAGUUAUAAACUUAGAAUUCUAGCAAAGAAAAUACGAGAUAGCCACUUUACUCCCGUUUUCUCUCAAGUUGUUUAAUAAGAACAAACGCGAAAUAUAAAACCGGGCAUCAUUUUACCGACUAUCAUUAAAAAAUGUGUUUUAAACAGAAAAACAUCUAGUUGAGCGUUUUAGAUAACUUAAAAACAAAACAAACGCUUCAGAGAACAAACGCUUCAAAUUAAGGGUAUCCGAUUGCGCGAUGUUUCCAACAAAAACUACUUUUUAUAACGAACGUAGCAAAGUAAUAACAGAACACGCAAAUUACACUUUUCCCGCCCAGCAAUUCAACUUGUGUAAGCUAAAAAAGAAAAUAAAUCUUUACCCUAAUUUUAACUAGCAAUAAGCAAAAACAGCCAGUCAUAGUUUUGUGAAUUAUUAUUCUGAUAGAAAUUAAAAAAUAUUGAAGCAAAACAAAAAGACACCGAGCAUUUACAUAAAUAUAAACACAAACACAGAAACCCGCAUUCUCACACACACAUACAGGUGCGCUAACAGCAGUUCUAAAACAGAAAAGAAAGGGAGAAUAACAUACAUACACACUUAAAUUUAUUGCAAAAUGAAAAUAACAAACGAUGCUAAGAAAGUAAUAAGAAUAUAUUUUGUGAAACAUUAUUGAUAAACGCAAAUAAGAAAACAAAACACACAAACAUAAGUCUAUUGGAAGAAAAAUUAAAACUAGAUAAAGAAGAAAGCAUACAUAUAGAGUACAGUCACACAGAAGACGUAGAUAAAAUAAAUACACAGACACACAGACACAAAUACAUAAGCAGCACACAAAAUGAAAAGACGAAGCAACACUGUUUUGCAUUUAAAAAGCAAAGGUACUUAAAGAAAGUAACACCCAGAGGGAUAACCGAAAAAAGGCAACACUAAAAGACAACUGCUGCAAACUAAGCAAAACAAAAUAAACAACAGAUGAAGAAAAUCAAAGAAACAUUGUUACUAAGCCCAAUUUAUUGUAAAAUAAAUUAACUAAAAUUA